AUGAGUUCAUCUCUGAAGUUUGGUGAAAUACUUAUUUCGCAAUUUGACAAGUAUGAUGUUAAGGAUCAAGUAUGGGAUAAUUGUAUAAUACGGAGCCGUAUAUCUACUGCCAAGUAUAUUAUUCAAGUAGAGUAUGGUCUGGACUAUGAGCUGAUACCUGAUAAGAAGAACAAGCAUAAUCUGCUGUCGUCGCUGUCGCUGUCGCUGUCGCCAGUGUAUCCUAAUGGUUUGUUGACGCAUUCUUGGUUUCGCAAAUAUGUCGAGGUAUUCCCAUUUGCUGUGGUCUAUAUUUGCCAAUUGGACUCGGAAGGGUAUGAAGACGAUGCAAUGAUCAAUAAUCUCAAGAAUUUCAAGUUGAAAUUGGAGGCUAUUGAUUGUAAAUUGAUCCUUGUGGUUGUUACUAGCCGUGGGUUAAGUCACGAGAGACAAGAGACAAUCCGUACAGAACUCAACCUACCUAAAGCUGGAGCAUUGUACCAUUUGAAUGACACUGCUGCUGAUAGUGACGAGGAAUGCCAGAUUUUGGUGCUGGACUUGAUGCCGAAUAUCACCAAAUUGGCCCAAGAUUUCUAUUUCAACAUCGAAUACAAGAUAAAGCAAAGAAGUAAGAAACACUAUACUUUUCCACCACCUAGUAGCGGAAAAGUAGACACCUCCAUUCAAUUAACUCCAAAAUUUCUCGAAACAAGAAACUUGAUCAAGCAGGGGAUAAUCAUGGAGUUUUUGAAUCCUCGAAAUUUAGAGCCAAGUAUUAAGAUACUAGAGAUUGCAUAUCAAGAACUUGUAAACAUUCUAGAUUUGAUAUAUACCGUUGAUAAUAAUUUUCUGGAUCAUGAUAAUUUAAUCAUUGUCCAAUUUAAAACAUUACUUGAUGUGUUGGCUUUUCAUAUUGUCCGUGGCUAUUUUUCAAUUCAAGAACCGAUUAAAGCAUUGAAGAAACACAAGACUCAUAUAGUUAAUGUAGUUGAAGUUUUGAAAAGUGACCAUAAUUGGGUCUCUACGCAAUAUGAAUGGCUCGCUCAGUUGAUGAGAUUGAUUCCAUAUACAAUACUUAGCAAUUUAAACACAACGGCAAUUUUGAAAAUGUUGAAAGAUGGCAGUACAGGUAAUAAGACUGGUGGUAAUGGCUUUGGAAACGUGAGUAAAUUGUUGAGUUAUUUUGGUGGGAUACAUACUCCCGAAUUUGACUUGAUCACCAAUCCAGGUUUAAUUUAUGUCAAGGCUUAUGAAAUGAACAAUGAUCCAAUGAAGAGGAUUGAUUUGUUGGGUAAUGCAAUUGUGUUGUUGGAAAUCAAUUUGCUGAAUGCAAAUAGGAAAAAUCUGAUUUCAGGUAAGGAUAAUUUGUAUUCCUUAAUUUCGUACAUCAACUGGCUUAUUGCUGAAGAGUAUUUCAAAUUAAAAGAGUAUCACAAGGCUUCUGAUUACUUGGAAAUGGCUUAUAGUUCAAUGGGCACUACGAAAUGGUUUAACAUUAGUCAUAUUAUUUUGGAGAAAUUGUUAAUUUGUUAUAUCAAGAUUGAGAAUAAGAGUUUGGAAUUGAAUACCAUACUUAAACUAGGUACAAUGCCAAAAGAUCCAGUUCGAUUGAAUAACUUUAAUCAAAACCUGAGUGAGAAUCUUUUCCAGUUUCAUGAGAAUAAUGAUAUUUUGGAAAUUGAUUUAUUGGAUUCUAAAUUACACGAGGUGUUUGACGUUGAGGUGCUUUUAAUUGACAAGAACUUGAGUCGUCGCAAAGUGACUGUAGCCGAUGAUGUGGUUCUUCAAUUGACUUUGAAAUCGAAAUUGAACAUUGAACUAUUAAAACUGUUUUUACCUAAAAAUAGUGAAAUUUCAAUCUUUGUAAAUCAAGUGAAUGUAUCGUUUGCUAGAAAUGACGGAAAGAUUAAAUUACCGGGGCUAAAGAAUAUAUCCAUUGGCAAUGAUAGCUCUAAACCAGAAGCAUUGAUUCAUUCUUUACACGGACAAGAAUUGGAAAACACAUUUGUUGAUUCUGCAAAUCUAGCUGUGGAUAAGAGCAGCGAUGGUGUCAUUAUAUUACUACAUACGCAGUACGCUACAGCUGCAGGAAGUUUUCUAAUUGAAGUUGUUAAAUUGCAAAUUUCUGUUUUGAUCAAACAUAAUGGAAAAUGUAUAAAAUUGAAUAAAAUCGAAUUGCAUCAAACUUUUCCAAACAAAUUUCAUUACAAUUAUUAUCCUCACUGUGAUGUGGGUGAUUUGAAACUUGAUUCAUCAUUUGGCGUAGUACGUAAGAUUCGAUUGGAUCAACCUGGUCAUAUCAUCACCGUACAUCGCAAAAAGCCAGAGAUUAGUAUAUCACUAGAAAAGAAUGUGGAUUUUUACAUUCCAAGUGAAAGAUUAGCCUUACCUAUCUUGAUUUCGUUUAAUAAAAGAGACUUGGCCUUGUUCAACAACAACGGAGCUAGAGCUAUGUUGAUAGCCAAGGUGAAGAACAACGACGUUACAUUGACAUGGGACGAUUUGAAAGAUGACGAGCCGUUGAAUUUAUUGAGUCAGGAAAAGGAACUGGAUACACAUGUGUUGAAUGUGUAUACGCGAUUUUGGAAAGAUUCGCAAUUGACUAUAGACUUUGAGCUAUUGACUUUGGAGGAGAAAGAAGAUGAAAGCGCAAGGGAGGAUUCUGAGGUUCAUUCAAUUGCCAGUAUUGCAAUUCCUGUACUUUCAAGUCCGCUACGUUGCAAAUACUCUAUUGGACCCGUAUUCGUAGAAAAUGCGAAUGAGUAUGAAGAGUCACAAAGAUUGUCAAUCUUGAAUAGGACCUGGAGAAGUAUGUUGGAGAUCAAUGAUGAACUUCAGUUGCAGAGCAAGCAUGGUGAAAGUUUGGAUAUUGUUGAUAUCGAGUAUAAUAUUAUUUCAAGGAAUCCCGAGAUUUCGAUUGAUUUCUUGAACAAGGAAGAGGGAAGUAAUAACCAAUUGUUUUCAACAAGGAGUAAGAAUAAGUUUACAUUUAGGAAUGUGGCUACUAUUAGUUCGGUAAGUAUCAAAUGGAAACGGAAACAUAAAGAUGAGGCUAACUGGGGUCAUGAUGACGGUAACGCCACAGUGAAUGUAUAUCGUUCACCUGAAUGGGCCAUAACAUUGCCAUUAAGUCAACCGCGAGUUCUUCUUGUUGCCCAACUGAAUGCAGAUAUUUCUGACGAUGUACUUUAUUUGCAAUUAAAGUACAUCCUUGAGAAUCCGAGUCCCAAUGGGCUAACUUUUACUACGCAAUUAAUUGAUUUUGAAGAGGACUGGGUGAUUGUUGAAGACAAGGGAAAGAAAGGAACAGAGGAUAUGGAUAUGGAUAUGGAUACUCUCAAAGUUGCGAUUUCGCAAGCACCAUUUACUGUUUCUCCAGUAUCGCUGCGAACAAUGGUCUACCACUUACGAAAUAAGAACCCAUUACUGAGUCUCAAGACUAAGUUGGUGAAGCUACCCAAUUUCAAAGUAUUCGACAUCAAUUAUAAAGUUGGAUUGACUACUCUAACGACGCAAAGUAUAGUCAAGUUGAAUAAUCAAGACCACAAUUUAUAUCUAGUUGUAUAA